AAUUAAAAUUCUUCGAUAGUUCUAUUUGUAUUUUUAUUUCAGCGAAUGCAAAGAUGCUCAUUUAUUUUGUGCAUAGACAAACUAAAACUGCUGUAUCGUUCCACCAACGACAAUGACAUCAAGUUCAUAGAACUUUUGUAUAGAACUCGUUGCAUAUUCGCCAAACGUUGUUGAUGCAACAACAAAAAAAAAGAAGAAAAACCGAAGGAACUGUUGAACAGGAUUUGGCUUUGGAAUGUAAGCGAUCGUCUUUAGGUCUAAUAGAGUAAAAUUACAUUUAGUCGUAUCGAAUAGUUCACAGUGAUACAAAUUCUCUGCGAUAGUGUAGUUGACUCAAUUUCACAACUGAAAUUUGCAAAAUGAGUGAAUAUCAUUUAGUUUUUGGUGUAAUUUUUUCCUUAUCGCUGCUACAAAUAAUUGACGCACAAUUAUUAACAAUGCAAAAUAUACCACAGUGGCGUUCAGUUUUAUAUCCAUAUGACGAUUUAGGCGAUCCAUUGGUGUUAACCGAAUUGAUUGAAGAUGGUAAUGAGGAUGAAGCCCGAAAAAUGGCCCGAGUGAAUGAGAGUGAAUUUUUGGGUGUUGUCAGUUAUUCGGGAUUUUUAACGGUCAACGAUGAUUACGAUUCGAAUUUAUUUUUUUGGUUUUUUCCGGCCGUGGGAACGGAAAAACUGUACGAAGACGAUCGUGAAGACAGCGAUGAUGAUGACGGAAGCUAUAGUGGCAUUCAUGAUAAUGAUGACAGCCGAAAAGAACCACCACCAAAGCUGAUGUUUGGCAGUAAAAAAACAAGAAACAAUACACAAAAGUUUGCGCACAAAUUAAAAAAAGAGUAUAAACGUCCAGUCGUACUUUGGCUACAAGGCGGACCUGGCAGCUCAUCACUGUUUGGCCUAUUCACUGAAAAUGGGCCGUUUUUUGUGAACGAUGACAAAAAGACCAUUCGAAAAAAUCCAUUUUCGUGGCAUACGAAAUACAAUUUAUUAUUUAUUGACAACCCAGUUGGAGCUGGAUUUAGUUACACUGAUCCGGAUGGCUAUUGUAAAAAUAUCACACAAGUCGGUGACCAUCUUUACAUUGGAUUGAAACAAUUUUUCGAACUCUUUCCGUGGUUACAACAAAAUGAAUUUUUCAUCACCGGCGAAUCAUUUGCAGGCAAAUACAUUCCAAGCAUUGGGAAUGCCAUUUGGGAGGGAAAUAAAGAGGAAGAUUUUAUCAUUAAUUUACAAGGUUUGGCUCUUGGUAAUGCACUAUCGGAUCCAAUAAAUAUGCUUGAAUAUGCUGAUUUUGCAUAUCAAACUGGUCUGGUUGAUGUUCAUGGUAAAAAUGCAAUGAGGUUAUUCGAGCUACUGGCUAAAGAAUACUUUCCCAGCGUCGAAUCGAAAAUUUAUUGGGACACGAUGCUUUAUGCUUUCAUUCAAAGCAGCAAUUACAGCAACGUGUACAAUAUCCUGCAACCGGAAAUGCUGGAUUUGGAAUCGUAUCGAAAAUAUAUUGAACAAAAUCAUGUGCGUCGAGCAAUUCAUGUGGGUGGUGCUAGUUUCAAAUCGCCUGAAUAUGUGUAUAUAAAUUUGAUACCCGACUUUAUGACAACGGCAAUGCAUUGGACGGAAAAAUUGUUGAAUGAAGGAUUACGUAUUAUGUAUUACAGCGGUAAUAUGGAUUUCAUUGUGGCAUAUCCAUUAUCAGAGAAUGCUUAUCAGCAUAUGAAGUGGAAUGGUUCGGAAAAAUAUCGAUCGGCUCGUCGUGAGUCUCUCAUUGUAAAUUCCAAAAUGGCUGGUUAUUUCAAAGUGGCCGAUAAUUUUGUAGACGCUUUGGUUUUAAAUGCAGGACAUAUGGUUCCGACCGAUCAACCUGAAGUGGCACUUGAGCUUAUCGACCGCUUCAUUCGCAAUGAUUUAUAAUUUUCGAAAUAAAAUUUAUGGAUAUUAUUCAUGG